ACCGGCUGUGGAUCCAAAAAGCCUGUCUACACCUUUCUUGCACAGUGUGCCAUGUGCCGUGCGUGGUAGGUCAGGUCUGGCGCACAGGAGCGCAUAAACACACCAAGUGCAGAGAAUGGGGAUCUGCUAAAGCUCAGCGAAGAAUCUGGAUGAUGAUGGUCCCUGUCUGGGUCGCGGAGGAGUCCCCUAAGGAACACUUAGCUUCUCUCCUCCCGAGCCGGCGCUGUGCCCGGGGCGCUCCGGGAGGAGGGACGACGAUCCGGCGCUGGGGCGCAGAUACUGACACCAAGGGAAUCCGGGUGCCCCCCCUCCACACCAUGCGGGCCCCCAGGAACCUGGCUCCGCCACCUCGGCUGCCCCGUGGCCACGGCCCCAAUCUUGGCCAGGAGGAGAUUCUGCGGACAUUCAGGGAUCGGCUUCGUCACUGAGACCUCAGGCCUCUGCCAGCCACCCCCCACCCCCUACCCCCUACCCCUAGCCGUCCUCGGCAGGUCUCAGUCCCGGCUCCAUCUGUGCCCUCACCCCAGCCGCAGCUAUGUUGCACACCGAGGGCCACGCUCUUCUUCGGGCGGUGGGUCAGGGUAAGCUACGCUUGGCCCGUUUGCUUCUGGAGGGAGGCGCCUACGUGAAUGAGGGUGAUGCGCAGGGGGAGACUGCGCUAAUGGCAGCCUGUCGGGCUCGCUACGACGACCCCCAGAACAAGGCACGCAUGGUACGCUACCUCCUGGAGCAAGGCGCGGACCCCAACAUCGCAGACCGCUUAGGGCGCACGGCGCUCAUGCACGCUUGCGCCGGGGGUGGGGGCGCCGCGGUGGCCUCGCUGCUCCUUGCCCACGGCGCAGACCCCUCAGUCCGAGAUCACGCGGGCGCCUCGGCUCUUGUCCACGCCCUGGACCGCGGGGACCGCGAGACCCUUGCCACACUGCUGGACGCCUGCAAGGCCAAGGGCACGGAGGUCAUCAUCAUCACCACCGAUACCUCGCCCUCGGGCACCAAGAAGACCCGGCAGUAUCUCAAUUCUCCACCAUCCCCAGGGGUGGAGGACCCUGCUCCCGCUCCUCCUAGCCCGGGGAUCUGCACGUCGCCUUCGGAAAUCCAACUGCAGACCGCAGGAGGAGGAGGGCGUGGGAUGUUAUCCCCUCGCGCCCAGGAAGAAGAGGAGAAGCGGGACGUAUUUGAAUUUCCUCUUCCUAAGCCCCCCGAUGACCCAUCCCCUUCCGAGCCGCUCCCCAAACCACCACGCCACCCCCCCAAACCACUCAAAAGGCUCAACUCCGAGCCCUGGGGCCUAGUGGCCCCUCCUCAACCAGUCCCACCCACCGAAGGAAGACCGGGGAUCGAGCGCUUGACUGCCGAAUUCAAUGGCCUGACCCUGACCGGUCGACCCCGUCUUUCCCGACGUCACAGCACCGAAGGCCCUGAGGACCCGCCCCCAUGGGCGGAGAAAGUGACUAGCGGGGGUCCUCUCUCUCGCCGAAACACAGCACCAGAAGCUCAGGAGUCUGGUCCCCCUUCAGGGCUGAGGCAGAAACUGAGCCGCAUGGAGCCAGUGGAGCUCGACACCCCCGGACACCUUUGCCCUGACUCGCCUGAGUCCAGCCGCCUGUCCCUGGAGCGCCGCCGAUACAGCGCCUCCCCGUUGACCCUCCCUCCAGCCGGCUCCGCUCCCUCUCCGCGCCAGUCCCAGGAGAGUCUGCCAGGGGCAGUAUCUCCGCUAAGCGGACGGAGGCGGAGUCCGGGGCUGCUGGAGCGGAGGGGCUCGGGGACGUUGCUCCUGGACCACAUCUCGCAAACGCGGCCGGGUUUCCUGCCCCCUCUCAACGUCAGUCCCCACCCUCCCAUCCCUGACAUUCGCCCUCAACCCGGAGGUCGGGCGCCUUCGUUGCCUGCCCCUCCUUAUGCCGGGGCGCCAGGCUCCCCCAGGACCAAGCGCAAAUUGGUGAGACGCCACUCCAUGCAGACUGAGCAGAUCCGCCUGCUAGGGGGCUUCCAGAGUCUAGGUGGGCCUGGGGAGCCAGGGCGCUGAGAGAAGUGAGAGGAGCCAAGGAGGGUGGGGAUUAGGACCUUAAUGGGAUAGGUGGGAGAACCAGCUCACACACACACCACGAACAUAGGGAUCUCUUGCAUGUGCUCAUGGGUGCACAGUGCACCCACACAUGGUUAAACAUGUGUCCAUAAGCACAGUACUCUUAUUAGCAAGAAAGAAUAAGUACUCUAUUUACUGGGUAUAUAGACACAUGUAUUCAUGCCCUGGUCAUUUCACGUGCAUAUGGGAUUACUUGUGUACCUGCGGGCACAGCACAUCAAUAAACAGGGCUAGGGUCCCAAACUCUCUUGCAUUUAUUCAGAAGCAGAAGCAGUAGGGAACCCUUACUUAUGGGCAGUCUCCCAUGUCUUUGCCCUCCUGCAGAAGCAAUCCCUUGCUUUCCAUGUAUGCCCUGCAACACAGCCUAUCAUGAUUUUGCAUACUCUACUCUCUCCAUGAACAUCACAGCCCAUUCUCCAGGUCUUGCUUCUUUCUCCAGGCCUGGAUCCUUAUUCACACCCCGCUUCCAACCCCAACCACUUUUCAGGAUAUCUUUUUCACUCUUCUUGGGGGUUCCUGCAGCAACCCCCAGCCUAUGUUCUGCUGCUGUCUUUCCUGCUCUCAACUUCACUUCUCAACUUCCUGCUUUUUGUUCCCACCCUGUUCCUCCAACAACUACAACUGAUUGUCUCAUUUUCCCAGGGGGUGGGUCAUGGGCUCUAAACUGCUCUUCUGUCUGUCUGAGCUUAUGAACACCCCCACGGGUAGAAGUGGGGAGAAACCCUAAAUCACUCCUCUCUCCACUUGACAUAUCAAAUAAAUGUGUUCAGAAGUC